UCUCCAGCCUCAGCUAUGGGGUGGGGCUGGGGGAUGGUGGAGGGUGGGUGCGGCUGGUACCCUGAGCCCGUACCCACUGCCGUUCUGGAAGAAGAGCCCGCCCGCCCCUCCCCCUUUUGGAGCGUGACCCCUGCCUCGUCCAAAGGCCGGCAGUGCCUGCCUGGAUCCGUUGGGGGCCCGCACCAUGGAGGAAGAGCCUUUCAACGCGUCUUCAGACCACGGAAGCCUGGGCCAGGCGAGUGGGCACUACGGCCUUCCAAGUGGGCGAACCCAGGCCACAGCGCCACAGCCACACCUGAGCAUGCGGCUGUCUGAGGUCUCAUGGAGCUUGGACCAGCAGCAGAAACUCCCAGGGGAUGGUGGCAAGCCCAUUUCUCUGAGGAACGAGGACAGUUCCAAGCUGGAGGACCUGGAUCAGUACACUCUGCUGGAGCUGAAACCACCUGGCGGCAGAACUCCCGGCAUCCACUUAGAGGGGGUGGACAGUGAACCUGAGAUCCAGAACGAUGAAGAACGUGAGGAGCAUUUCUCAGAGUCACUGUCUAGUACAUGGGAGAGUGCAGGCUUUCGACUCUACUUGGCAGAGCAGCAGAAAAAGCUGCCGCUGCCCCUGAAGGAACUCAUGGAGACUGAAGCUCUGGAAAUCCUCACCAAAGCCCUCAAGAGUGGCCUUAGCACUCACAAAAAUUCCAAGGGCCCCACAGAAAUAAAGAGUUGAGAGACCAAGCUCGAGAUGGGAAGAGCAUGGGGUGACAGGCCUCAGUGGAACUGUUUUCGAGGUGAGGCUUUAGGAGGCUUCUUGCCUACUGAGAUGUAGCUUUGGCUUCCUCCCAGGUGGGGGGCUGUGAGGGAUUAUUUGGGUGAACUCCUGUUUAUGAUGUGACAUCUAAAGGACCAUAUGAUUAUUUAGAGUGGGUGGUCCAGGAGGUGUCUGCAAAGAUGCUAACCCCCCCCCCCAGUUCAGGCCUGCGUCAUCUUCUCCAGCUGGCGCUGACACCCUCCUCCGCCUGUGCACUAAGUGGGGAUCUAAAGUUCCCCAGACUUAAAGAAGGCCCGCACCCAGCACCCAGCGCCCAAUCACCUGCGGCUCCUCGAAUCACACAAGCGGUGCCGCUGGUGGGGAAGCCUUGCCGGUGCUCACUGCCCCAACUCAGCUCGGCCCUC